UUUGGUCACACUAGAUUAGAUAGUAAACGAUGUCUGUACUUGUGUUGUUAUGUGGGUGUGGAUUUACAUCACUGCAUCGAAAAUAAAAUAAUGUAAUUUAUCAAAAUGUGCUCUAAUAACUGUGUUAGCGUUGUUGAUUUAGACUAUGUUCUAAUAAAGCUUAAUGGUAGCGACAUUUCAUCGUUGUCGAGUUAUGAGGUGGUUCAAAUGUUCCUUCAAUCUAAAGAAAAUCUAGUAGUCGAAUUGUCCCGAAAAACAAACCAUUUACAAUUUUCCGAUGCAGAGCAAAAUAAGUUUGAAAUUUAUACAAAACAUGAAAACAUUCUACAAUUACCAAAAGAUACAACAAGAGAUGGCUCACAUCCCAACACAAAUUCCAUUUCAUUUCCCCUGCCACAGAAAAAUGAAAUCAUAUUAACUUUACGUGCAUUUAACAAUGUCAAUGUCGAUGCCGAACCAUUGUUAACAGAUGUUGAACACGCCACCGUAGUAUCAAAAGGAACUCAAACCACAACCGAAAAUGGUUUUGAUAUUAAGCAAAAUAUCGAUCACAACAAAGACAUUGUGCAAUCGAUAGCUGAUCAUUUCAUUGAGCAACAGCACCAUCUAUUCGAACAAUGCUUGGAACCAGAAAUUGACAUUGAGGAAAUAACGCUUAUUAAUAAGGACUCGAUUGGUGGCAAUUUAGGAUUAAGUGUUAGUUGUCCCAACGACUUCGAGGAAAGUAUUAAGCCUGUGAUACGCAACGACAACAGUAAUAAUACAGACUUGACAAUAUCAGAUGAACAUGAUGCCUGUGAGGAUGUCUUCAUCAGUGAUAUUCAAUCUGAAAGUAUUGCUGAUAUUGAUGGACGCUUAAGGCGUGGUGAUCAAAUUCUACGUAUUAACGGUCUCGAUAUAAAAAAAAAGCACGCUGAAUCGCAAAUCUCAAUGAACGGCAAGGCUGUUACGUUGCUUGUCAGUCGCAUUUUAUAUCCCGACGACGAUGAUGAAGAUGAUGAUAUUGAUAGCAACUUUGAAUAUGCAAACCGAUUAUUGCCUGACGAUUACACAAAUGUUGUUGAUAAAUUAGAUACAAUUCUUUUGGCCCAACAACAGCAGUCUGUACUAACCGGAAAGACCUUAAUUACUACUCAAACUAACUGCAAAUCCGCUCGCGUUAAUUCAGAGGAGUUGAAAAAUGAAACUCAAAUAAGUACUAUGAGUUUAAGAGAUGAGGAAUCAACGAAAUUGCCGUUGCAGACAAACUUGCAAUCUGACUGUCCAUGUCAAAUAUCAGAAAAAAACCUUUCAGCUAGAAAUGGAGAUAAGUCUUCAAAAACAGUUAAAUAUGGGUAUGAUGAAAGCGAACAUAUUUAUGAAACAAUACCAGAAGAUUCGGAAUCCGAGCCGCUUUACUGUUCACCAUAUCAGAGCUCGGACUAUAUGACGGCAAUGGGCUCUUGUUCAUCGGCUGAUGUGUUGGAAAUGCAACAACAAACCCAGCGAGUAGCUCAAUGGCUUGGCCUUAAAAAAUGUUCGAGAUCAAUACAUACUUUAUCUGGACGUUUAACUAAGCAACAGAAUCGUUUGCCAAAUCGUAUAUGCACAUUAACCAAUACUACGAGUGGCUCAAGUAGUAGUGGUGCUGCAUAUAGUGCUUGCGGAUAUAUUAAUAUUGACAGCGAUCAUGCAAAUCAAAAUCUACUCGUCAAUCAAAAUAAAGAAGAAAUUGACAACUCAUCAAGUGCUUAUAAUACAGGUGGCUCGAAUAACAGUGCAUCUCCACGACAAAAUGGUCCGAUAGCAAAUCUAAACAAUGAAAAUUCUACAAGUUUUCAAAUCAUCUCAGGUGCCUUAAAGAACACUGCAUCAACCAUUGAACCAUUUGGUAAAUGCUCUCGAAUACACUGUCCAGCACAUGUGUCGCAAAAAGAGCAAAUUGCAAACAUUUCGCAAAAUAAAUCACAUACAGACGAACCACAUACAGGCCCCUUCUCCGCAAAAGCAGACGUAAAAGUUUCGCGUUUGCAGCCUACGGAGGAGCAACAAGUUCAAUCCUGUCCACAAUUUAAUGCUCCGAACUUAAGCAGAUAUCACUUUGUUAGUAGCCAAGAGGUAUCCAGUAAAACUGUGUCGGGAGUAUCAAAACCUAACGCAAUUCUUGUGCAUACCGAAAAUGUGUCGGAGGAAAUUCCAAUGGUAUGGAAAGUGAAACGUCGGCCUGACGGAACACGAUAUAUUGUAAAGCGUCCAGUGCGAAAUCAUUUACAUUUGGGCAUAAGGAAAAAUCUACGCAACGGUGACUUAACCACAACAGAGGAUGAUACUAUAUCAGGUAAAAUUGGACGUUACUGGACUAAAGAGGAGCGAAAACGCCAUAUAGAACGCGCACGUGAAAGACGGCAUCAUCAACAAUUGAUAAAUCAACCACAAUAUCCAACAUAAUAACUAUUUACUGCUUAUAUUAUAUAUUUACGUACACAUUUAAAUUUUAAAAUCCACAAAUCUACCUGUAAAAUAAAUUAAUCCUUUUAGGUA